AUGCAGCCAGUCACCGUUUCCUUUUACUGCCUUGUGCUGUUUUUAAACGCGCAGCUCUUCAGCGCUCAUCCUGUGAACAGCAAGACAUGGACCAAUGAGGACAUGGACGUCUUAAAAAAUCUUCUCCAGCGACUGGAGGAAUCCAUUCCUGAUCAAAGAGAGGUCGCGCCCUAUCAGACAGAGAGAGCAGAGGACGUGCGCUUCGAGGAUAUGGCUUUGUCUGCAAGGGACAACAGCGAAGAGCCCCAGCCGAGAAUAAGCCAGGCCGAAGUGAAAGAGUUUCUGUCGGCUCAGGAUUUGAAAGCUGUCCGCAGCGACUCGUCUUCCAAGAAAUACUCGGGAUGUUUUGGUCGAAGAAUGGACAGAAUCGGUUCUAUGAGCUCUCUGGGAUGCAACACCGUCGGUCGAUUUAAUCCAAAGAAGAGAUGA